ACUUCUUGCCUUUGAACUACGGUCAAAUUUAAUAUAAAAAGCCAUAAUAAAGAGCAUUCUGAGACAGAUGCAGUCAGAUAUUCACAGAGGUACUCACUACGCUCGAUCAUUCCAUACAACGAAAUAUAUGCAAGAAGUGAUCCGCCGUCAACACAGUUAUAUUUGUUCAAAGAAAAACACAACAUCUAUUUAUUUAAGAGUAUAGCAGAAAAUAUCAAGGGUAGUCUGUGUUUGGUUUUACUUAUCAAAAGGUGUAGCUUGAUAAAAGAAAAUUAACUAUACAGUGGUAAGAAAUUUUGAAAAGAAAUAAUGAUGGAAAUAAACAAAUAUGAAAACUGGAUUUUUAACAUGCGAUUGGCAAAAUUUCUUGGUUACUAUUAUAUUCUAAAUCCAAAAACUGAUGGAAGUCUUAAAUUUUAUUAUUUUCUGGUGAAACUGGGUAUUAUUUACAUUGUAGCAAUAUCAACGUGCUUUAUCUUUGGACUGUACCACUGGAAAAAUGACAUAAAUCAAUUUACAUUACAGCUUGCUAUAUUACAGAAUAUGCUCUUUGCUAUCUACAGAUUUUAUAUAAUUAUGAAGGAUUCUGAAAUUAUUUGGGAUAUCUUAAAAAUAACUAAUCUUGAGUUUUUAUCUAUUGAAAAUUAUAAUAAGAAUAUUUUGAACAUAUGGCGAGCCAUAUCAAUAAAAUACACCUAUUUGAUUACAAUAUUAACUUUUUAUGUAAUGAUAGUUUGGUCUUUAUGUGGAUAUGUUUUUAAUAAUAGUUAUGUAACUGCAAAAAAUCAUGAUGGUUCAUACAGCAGUUAUCAUUUGAAUGUUUACAAUUUGUAUUUUUUCGUUUCAGCAGAUACAUAUAAUACAUAUUUUCCAAUUUUUCACUUAAUCGAAACUUUAUAUGCUUUUGUAUACUGUUUAUUUGCUUUACCAGCAGAUAUAACUUUAAUAUCAGUAUGUCUAUCAGUAGUAGGUCAAUUAGAAGUGAUUAAUGAUAGCUUUGAAAAUGUUGGACUAUUGUACCAAGAAAAUGUAUUACAACAAAGUAUUAAUGUUAAGGAAUUUCAGAAUAAAAUUAAAUUGGAAUUCAAAAAUAUUAUUUACAACAGUCAAAAUGUUAUUAGAAAAAUGAAGCAAUUUUAUGAUACAUUCCGACAAAUAAUUUUGAUCCAAAUUGUAGUAACAUUUAUUAACUUGGUACUUUUUUCAUACACCGGAAUGUUGCACAUCACUAAUGGCGGAAUGGUCAAUUCAAUACAGACUGUUAAACUUAUUUCAGCAUUUGUAUUUUUCAUUUUUCAAUUAUUCAUAUUUUGCUUCAUUUUUGGGAUUAUAAAUGACAGGAAAGAUUCAAUGCUAUUUGGAAUUUAUUACUCAAAUUGGAUAGAAAUGAACUUAGAAAGUAAAAAGCUUGUUUUACUAACUAUGAAUAUGAAUAAUGCUCAUCAAUUAAAAAUGAAAAUAACUAGAUAUAAAACCAUUGAUUUAAUUAUGUUUGUAGGUGUUUUAAAAACAUGUUAUUCGGUACUUUCAGUAUUAAGGAAUACACAGCUAAGCAACAACCAAAUUUAAACAAUGAAUACAAAAUAUUAAAAAUAUAAUAAAUACAAAUGAAAAUUUAAACGUAUAAAAAAGCUAGUUAAAAACAUAUACUUUUUUUUAAAUUGUGUAUAUUUAGUAAGAAGAUAUAAAAUAAGUCGCGGGGGUUGAUCCAAAAUGGUCUAUGUGAUUGUUCUGUAAAAAUUACUUUUUUUGCUAUUUAGGCUAUGCAUUUUAACGCACUUUUUUCUAGCUAGUAAGGAGUUCAAUACGAUAAAAAUCAAAAAAUUUAUUCAGUAAAUAAUUUCUAUAUAACUUUAAAAUAUCACUUUGGAAAACCUUAGAUAGCACCGUAUUUAAUUUUAUUAAUUUAAAAACAAAAAGUUAUUAUUUAUAGUCAAAAACUAGGAACAAAUUUUUCUUUUCAGUAAUAUACUUUUUUAUUUUUUGGUAAAAAGAUUUAAGAUUUUAUUUUUAGUUUUUGUGCUAAAAGA